AUGAGGAAAUCACAUUUUGCCAAGUCUAGGAUCUGGGGCCAACUUGCCGGCUUGUUCCACGAGUCUGCUCUGCGCGAAGGGACUGAAAAGCGUCAUCAAGCCAAACACAAAAUACUUCAAGACGCCAGGCUAUCCCAGACCGGUUCCGGAGUCCGCAUGUUCCGCGACUCGAGGUGCAUCAUAAGCCCGAGCCGUUCAUCCCAGGUCCCAGGCUUGGCGACCCACGAUUUUCACAUUCAGAAAUGGAUGUACCGUAUGCAAGAGCCCAACUUCACCCAGGCCAACUACGCCUCGACACUUGGAUCAGCUCCCCAUCUUACUAUGAUUGAAGUGUAUGCUUCCGCACCAAAUAUCCAGUCUCCUAGGAUCUCGGACUUUGUGUCGAUAGCACCGCCUGCCACAUCCAGAACUCUAUCGUCUGAUCCUUGGGAUGCGCACAUCGAGCUCGCUACCGGCUAUGGGGAUAGCCAAGAACCAAGUCUAUGUGGCUCUAUGCUACCUACCUGUUUUGGUCACAAGGUCGCGCGUGCCAAGCAUGUCAGCAACGGCCAUAGCGGACACAUACCCGACAACGAGGAAGGAUCUGAUAAGAUGGGCCGGCGGGACUCCCGCGCGCUUGAGAGAAUUCUCGACAACAGCGGGGCGACUACAAGGCACUGCAGAAAAGAGGCUCGGAACCUCACUUUGACAGUCUCCGAAGCAUAUGGCUCGCUAAUGGAUCAUGGCCUCCGCAAUUCCGUCAACUCGACUCUGUAUCCUGUUCAGUUGGUGGUCCAACAGCACCGCCGCACGACUUGGCAGCUUGGCGAAUGA